AUGAAGGCAGCGGCGGCGGCGGGCGGGAGCGGGGCCCCGUCGGGGCGCGGCGGGGCCGUCGGGGGCCGUCGGGCGCGGGCGCUGCUGGCCGUGGGGCUCAACCUGCUGGCGCUGCUUUUCUCGGCCACGGCCUUCGGUACGACGCACUGGUGCGAAGGGACGCAGCGGGUGCCCAAGCCCACCUGCGGGCCCCACAAGCGCACCAACUGCCUCGACUACGGCUACGAAGCCGCCGCCAACGAGACGGCGCGCAACGGCUCCUCGCCGCCCGCCUCCAACGUGGUGCACUACAGCUGGGAGACGGGCGACGACCGCUUCCUCUUCAGGUACUUCCACGCCGGCAUCUGGUACUCGUGCGAGGAGAACAUCAACACGCCCGGUGAGUACCUGCGGGGCGGAGAAGCCUGCGGCGGGACAACGGCACCGCGCGCAGCAACCUCCCCAAGGCCCCGGGCUCAUCCGCCGCCCGAGAGGCUUCGUGCCCCGCCGGCAGGGGACGCUGUUCGCGGUGGUGGUGGGGCGCUCCAGGGCCCGGCUCUGUUGGACUUCUGGCCGGGCGGGAGGGCGCCUGUCCCCCUGCCCGUCUGCCUGGGACUCGGAGGGAGGCUUGGGCUGCUGCAGCAGAGGCCUCCUCGGAAGUAAUCCCACCGUAGCUGAGUGGCGCUUACGCGCAGGUAAGUCUGCCCGGCCUUGCAGCAUCUGCUGGCGUUGCUGUGGCGACGGCGGAUGGCGCGUUGGCACGGGCAGCGUCGCAGGCAGCAGGCAAGGCGGCCUCUGCCCGCUCCGGCCAACCCGGAGGAGGGGGUCCGGCCUCAAGCACAGCGCAGGGAUGGGGGCUCCCGAGGAGCCCAGUCCAAUGCCCCCCUCGCGGGCGGCGGGUUCUCUUCCGCCCCUUCCCCUUCCUUGGUUCCCUCAUCCUUGCGCCGCGCAGGAGGGUCGUUCCAGCGCUCUUGGUCGAGGGCAGUGUGCUUCGAGGCUCCGGGCUCAUCCCGACCCGGAAGAGGCAUCCCGGGCCUCCAUGUAUUCUCCGCUGGCUCCCAGGCUGCUCUCCUCCAAAUCCCUGCCUUCGCACACUUUCCUCUGCCGCGGCCCGGAUUUUCUGGUAGCCUCAGAAUAUCCCUGGUAUGAGAAAACCCAGGUUGAAGGAGCCGAAAGACGGCAAUAUGGACAGCAAAGAAUCAACGGAGGUCCGGGGAGUUUCCUGUCCAUAUGAGAUGGCAGUAUGGAUGAGCCCUCUGCCUCCUCAUGGGCUUGUCCCCCUCCACGUUGAGUCCUGCCGGGGGCCGUGCCCCCGUCUUUGCUGCGAGCCACGGAUGGAGCAGCCGGAGGCUCUCCUGGUCCCCUGGGACACCCCUGCUUCGUGGCUCCCCCGCAAACCAGCUGCGGAUGCCCUCCUGUCUCCAACAAAGCAUGGCGCAGUUCACCUGCUCACUUAGAAGUGUCUCUGAGGGUCCCCCCACCUUUAAAACAUGCUGGGCAAUUAAGUCCUGGAGUCCCAACUUUGUUUCUGAUUCUACACGAGAAACAUUCCCCAAAACCUGCAAGUUACAUCAGUGCCAAACUAGUUGUGUGGGUGAAAUAAACCAGCAUGGUAGUUUUUUGAAAAAGAAGUUAAAUAGCAGCCUGGGCAGCUUGGGAGGGGGGUGGGAGUGGGAAGGUGGGAGAGUUUAAGCCUGCCAUGGUUGAGACAGUAAUGGACACCCCCGCCAGCUGCUCUUUGCAUCUCAAGCAAAGCUCUUGAUUUGAUCUCCCCCCAGCUCCUUCAAAGCACCCCACAACUUCACCAGGGCAUUCCAUGGGUGCGUGCACCCCCUUUUUAUAUGGAACAUAUGAAGCUGCCUUAUGAAGCCAGACCAUUGGCCCACAUAGCUCUGCACUGUCUGCACUGACCGGCAGCUGCUCUCUAGGGAUUCUGGCAGGAGUCCCUCCCAGCCCCACCUGGAGAUGGACCUGGGACCUUCUGACUGCAAGGCACUUGCUCUGCCACUGAGCUGCCAGGAUCCUUCCCCUGGGCUGUGCAAGCCUUCCAGCAAAGGAGCAACCGGGGCUGAGCUUGCGGGCAGCUGCGCAGCGUCUCUGAGGUCUGGAAGUUGCUCAGCUUGAGGGGUUGAAGCCUCUCCCUGCAGACUCAGGCAUCUCGGCUUUCGCUUCAUGGAGCGCUGAGCUCUGUGUUAAACUGUGGCUCUCUUAUAAUCAGCUGUGUGUGUCUGGGGAAACCUUGUCCUGUAGUCGAGAUAAGCAGCGUUAAUGCUUUGAUUCAUCAGCCAUCAGGGAGGGAAUAAUUGCUCCACUUCCUGAGCAGGGCAAAGCUCCCUAGCUCCCUCCAGCAUCCCCCAGGGAACUGGGCUGCAGGGGGACGGCUUGCGUAGCUAGAAGACGGCUCUCCCAAGGCAGCUUGUAAGGCUGGGGGGUCUGAGAAGAACCCUUGGUCCAGCCUUGUCUCCUCAGAGGAGCAACAGCUCUCUGGGGUCUCCAGCGGGGGGGGGGGGAGGGCCUCUUCCAGCACCUGUUGCUGCUACCCAGGGUACUACGUGUUACAGAAAAAACCUGCUCCUUUUCCCUUCUGGGGUAUCCAAGAGCCCGUAUAGAGUCCUUAAGAGGGUUCACUAUCGGUAGGGAUAAUAUGGAGAAGAAAAGCAAUCAGUAAGCCUGAUCUUUAUUAAACUGUUGCAACAGGGUCCUCACUCACCCCACGCAGGAGGGAGGAGGAACCCAGAACAAUGGUGCGCAAGCCCUUAUAGAGACUUUUGAAAUUGCCCACCUUGUAGCCCAAGACCACCCCUCAAAACAUCAUUCAUACAUCACAGAAGGGGGCAUCUGCAGCAGAAAUCCUGUUUGCCAGAAUAUCUGUUAAUGGUCACUGAUUGCUUUACCUGGGCAGCCUGGCCAUUCUUUUGUGAUGGUCAAUAUUUUAAUUCCUGAAUCCAGGUCACAGGUUCACCAUAUCCAUACACACAUAUGCUCUUAAGAUGGGAGUUGCCUCCCUUACUGCAGAGGAACAUUUGAGGUCACUGAAAGAUGGCUUCAGGAUUACUCUCCUGUACUAUUUCAGAUACAUGGUUUAUAUACUUAUGUAUGUGUUUGCCUUGUACAUUUAUGAACGUUUAUUUUAUGUUUGGGACCUUACAGUUCUUAUAACAUAAGGAUUGGGACCCAGGGCCUCCUGCAGAUGCUUGAGCUUACUCUGAGCAGCGACUCUCAGGUAGUCUCUUUAUCUGAGCCACUUAAAUUUCUGAAACUCUAAAAGCCACCGUCAGUCUCAGAGUUGCUACGAGCUUUUCCUGCCGAAGUCUGGAGUGUUGGUCAUAAAUGCACUUGUAAGAAGUGCCUGCUGGAUCAGGCCCAUGGCCCCUCUAGUCCGGCAUCCUGUUCUCACAGUGGCUAACCAGGUGCCUGUGGAAAACCAGCAAGCAGGAUUCGAACACAGGAGCGACUCUCCCCUCCCGUGGCUUCUAGCAACAGGCAUUCAGAAGCAUCCCUGCCUCAGUCGCCCUCGAUAGCCCUCUCCUCCAUGCAUCUGUCUAAACUUGACUCAGAGGAGACCUUUGAGGGAGGCCUGCAGCUCAGCGCAUCGACUGCGCAGCUUCUCCCUGGGUGUGUGGGCUCCUGGUGGGGAAAGGGCUUGGUUUUGCCUGUGCCUGUUGUUUGUGCCAAAACAGCCCUGCACGCUCCAUCUGUGUCUGUUUUGCAAAGAUGCUUUCACUGCCAUAGCCAGAAGCAGGUGCUGGAAGUAAGCAGAGGAAGAGCUGCAGCCCCCCUGGACCUCACUCCUCCCCCCCUCUUGCAACCAUGGGCCAAGGGGAGCAGUGGUGGCUGUUGGGAGGGGAGGGGGACGCAGGGCACGAAGUCCUGCCAGGGUGGGGAGUACCGACUCCUUCCAAAUUCCGGUGUAUUUGGGACUGGGAAAAGGCAGUGCGUCUGCCCAGCUCCCCUGCCAAGUCUGAAAUUAAAUCUAAAAAGCUUAGAAGAAGAUCAGUUAUACAAUAUGCUCAAAAAUAGCAGGAAUAAAUCCUCAGCAGCAAAGAGGGAGUGAUGGCACUUUGUUGUGUGGAGGGGGGGGGCAUGGAAGUCACCUUCCCGGGCUGCUGGUUAAAGUCAAAGGUCAGGUCUCACCCCCCCCAUCAGUCACAGUGGGGCAGUUUUUGGUGAGGAAGCCUAGUUGGGGGUGCAGGGGCCACUGAAAGACAGAUUCCUGCUAGGAUGUGCCUGAGGUCACGGCAGCGGGGGAAAGAUGGAAGACGAUCUGCUUCUCAAGUGUCCUUCAGAAAACCUGCAUUUGAUGAAGCUCCAAGAAGGCUCUUAAAUUGGUCAUCGUCUGGGGACCCAGUAAACGGAAUCAGCAGGGAGCCAGCAGGCAUUGCGGCCCAGUGGGAGGGAAAGGAGGCAAUUCUCCUGCAAAGGUCCCAAAUAAAUCAGCAUGGUGUGCUGUUUCUGUUGACACACUUCACUUUUAAAAAGUGUGGGGGCUGUGGGGGGCUCAGCUGCUUUCAGAUUAAAGCAACAACAAUGGGGCAAGGCUACAAGGGGGGGGACACACAUUCAAAGAGCCGUGGAAAUGGAAGGUUUUUGAGAGAAGUGCUUUGAAACAUGCAUCAUGCCUGCUGCAAAAUGCUCUCAUUUGCAUCUUUAUUAUUAAUUAUUAUUAUUUCAUUUCUAUACCACUUUAUAUUUUUAAGAAAAAUCUCAAAGCGGUUUACAGCUUACUAAACAUCAAUGAAACAAUGCAGAAUCAAAUGUUUCUGAAGAAAGUCAACUAUAAAGCACACAGUCAAAGCAACACAAUUAACAGGAAACCAAAAUACCAUCUCAAAGAUUUCAAAAUAAAACAUUACAAAGGAGGUCAGCUACAGAAUACAUAUUUAACACAAACAAAGCUAACAUUGCCAAGUGAAGUCAAAUAUAAAAUGCACAUUUAAAACAGCAUAAUUAACAAGAGAAUAAAAUAUUACAAGCAUGGCACGGCUGUUUGGCAGGCACAAAAAGAUGAGGCAGAAUAAUCCAAUAAUUAGGAUUUGUUGCCAGGCGUAGCAAUGUCCCUCUGGUCUCCCUGGAGCCUCUUUAGUAGAGCUGGUGAGUGUGGGUCUCGCCCCCUAGGCCAGGAGGAAAGGGCCUUGCAGGGAGCGGCCUUCACGACUGUAGCGUCUGUAGCAGAUGGGAAGAAAGUCCAGAAAUAACUUGACACUUUUGCUGUUAGAAAAAGGCAGGGAGUUCUUGCUCUCCAUCCCUUCCCUGCUAAUUCCUAGCCCUGGACUCCCCUCUCUCUGUGUGUCUCUUGUGCUAUUAGGGUCGACUCCUGUGAGCCGAAUGGCGGUCUGUGGGCUUCCUUUUGCCAAAGGGGCACUUUAAAAGGUGCCAAGGAAAAUCAGGGCCCGUGGCAUUCCAGGGUGAUUCGUUUCCCUUGUGUGUGGAGCUGAGUCUUUGCUGCGGCCACUGAGCUGGGAAUUAGCACUGCAGCUUUUAACGAAGGAGCUGGAGUCUUGCCGGGUCAAUGAGACUUGGGGGCUGAGUCCAAGUUCAGUUCCAGACGCUUGCUUUCAGGUUCCUUGUGGGUGAGAGUAGCUCAGUCGGGAGCAUAGUUGUCAACGUUUCCCUUUUUUAAAGGGAAAUUCCCUUAUUCUGAAUAGGAUUCCUCGCAAGAAAAGGGGAAAAUUGACAGCUAUGGUCGGGAGAGCAUGGAAACCGUAGGAGGGGAGAAUGUUCCUGUGCUGAUGUUCAACUUGCAGGCUUCCCUUAAUGGGCAUUUGGUUGCCCACUGUGAGAACAGGAUGCCGGACCAAAUGUCCCUUGGCCUGAUCCGGCAGGCUGUGCUUAGUCCCCUAGUGCUACUUUCUGGUUGGGGACGCAGGUGGUGCUGUGGUCUAAACCACUGAGCCUCUUCUGGGACAGCGCCAUCGGCAAUGGCAGAGUUCCUCUGACAGAGAGGAACCCGCUCCGUGAAAAUCGGGUCUUGCCGCCGCGGCAAAGGCGGAGACCCUUUAAAAAUCCCAGGCAGAGGAAGCCUGGGAACGUGGGAUUCGGCUGACACUAGGAGCGCCUCCCCUACUCGCAGGGAAACCCUUUUUCGGGGGUCCGAAGCGACGUGGGGUGAGUGGCGCGGUGUUUUGAAUCAACCGCUACUUUUACGGAGUGAAGCCGCACAGCCGUUGCCGGAGAGCGCUGACCUUUUCCUGUGGACAAUUGGACUCUAAACAAGUACCCGUGAGUAGAACGGAAAAUUGGAUUAAGUACUAAGAAAUAUUUUAAUUUGGCACCGAAACGGGAAGGUUCUAAACAGGAAGUCCGCCUCCCGUUUUUUGUAAAUAGAUGGAAGCAAAAACUUUGUAAGCUAAAGUCUGGAAAGACGUACAUAAAGUUCUAAAUUUCCUUCAUUCAUUACCACCAAAACCCCUCUUGGAAGCAGGAGAAAAGAGGGGGAUUUUUGACUGUUUAAGCCUGCAGGAGAGAGAGUAAAGAAAGAAAAUUUUUCCACCGUCUCAAACCUGGGAAUGGGGUGUCAGAGACAGAAAUUUAUGGGGAAAGUUCAUCGACUGUGAACGGAACGUCUUUUGACAGAUAGUAAAAAAAAAAAAAAAAAGAGAGAGAGAAAUAUAUUGAUUCCAAUGUUGCUUCUUGCAAUCAAAAGAAACAAAGUAUUUGAAAAGUGAAAGUAAUUUUUCCUUGUUGGUCCUGCUUUUAAAAGAUGGAUACAAAUAGAAAUUGUCUCCUCUAGAGGGAGCUUGUUAAUUUGUUGCUGGAGCUGAUCUGGGGACCUCACAGCUGUAUGAUUAGGAUCGUGAGACCAGACUCUAACCUUGGGGGGAAAAAUGUGUUUACAAGAAGUCUUGGUGCUUGCUCUUUGCAAGACACGUGCUUUGCUGGAGCAGAUGCAUGAGAAGAUGGAUUUGAUGACUGUCGCAGUAAAAAACUUUGGACAAACGGCGAAUACCCAUAUAGAAACCAUUCAGGAACCAGCCCAGGAAUCUGUUUUGAUAGGGCAAGCGCAAGGGCAGAAGAAAAUGGAGGAGGUGGUUGUUGAACCUCAAAUAACACAAAUGGAGAGACCUGAGGCCUUGCAGGAGUACAAGCCUCUGUUCUUGAAGUCUGAAUCUGGAGUGGACCAGGGGGGGUCUGGAGUUGUGAGGGCUCUUAAUUUUGGAAGGACUUUGAAACAUGCUUUUAAAUACUUUCUGGAUUACAGUGUGGACUGUGGGGAAUGGGACUGUGGGGAAUGGGACUGUGGGGAAUGGGCUGAUCUGCUGAGGAGAGAUGGAGAUACUUUUGGAUUGGAGUCCUCCCGAGACCUACCCCCCAAUGAGAAAGGAAAGGAAAUAAGAAAAAGAUCAACAAAAGAUAACGUAAAGGGCAGGUAUAAACAAGAAGAAGACCUGCAGAAGGGACAUGGAAAAGAUUUAAGAGCCUCGGACAUAAGAACACCAGGUUGAUGGAUUAGAUAGACGAGAAAGGACUGACAAAACCCAAGAUCAAGAAGAAGAGACGAUGGAUGAAGAUUGGAAGAAAGUUUUAAAAUUUAUUUAGAAAAGUAUUGUAAAAUUAAUGAGUAUUAGAAAAAUGUUGGAAUGAAAUUAUUUGGCUCUAGCAGAAAUGUCAAAAAGAAUCAUGAAAGAAUAUGUUAUGGUUAAAAGAAUUUGGUAUAUAUAAGUUUUAAGUUUUAAGUUUUAGGGCUUUUUAGGUAAGAUAAGGUUAAAAUAGAUUAAGGUAAUUAAAAUGACAGAAUAUUGUGAAAGAUGGAAAGGAUUUGCUGAGAUAAUCAACAACUAGAAUACAAAAAAGGGAGGUGUGAGGAGGUCGUGGAAAUAAGUUAAUGAAAGUUAAGGAUUUGGGAAUAUUAGACUUGUUUUUUAAUUGUUUGUUUAUUCUUGUUUUUUGAUUUAGAUGUAUUGUGUGUUUUGUUAUUUUUUUGACUUUGGUUUUUAUUGAUCUGUAUUGUUUAAUUGUUAUGUUUAUCUACUUCUUUCUCUCUUUUUCUCUUUCUCUUGUUUUUUCUUUCUUCUUUCUUUGUAACUUUAAAUUUCUCAAUAAACAUCAUUUAAAAAAACCAAAAAACCACUGAGCCUCUUGGGCUUGCCGAUCAGAAGGUUGGCAGUUCGAAUCCCCGUGACGGGGUGAGCUCCCGUUGCUUGGUCCCAUCUUCUGCUAACCUAGCAGUUCAAAAGCACACCAGUGCAAGUAGAUAAAUAGGUACCGCUGCGGCAGGAAAGUAACUGCUGUUCCCGUGCGCUCUGGCUUCCGUCACAGGAUCCAGUUGCAAAAGAAGUGGUUUAGUCAUGCUGGCCAGCAAGCCAUGGGCCUAGACAUAUCUGGGUCUGGGCACCUUUGGAGCUGUCAAGCCACCACCCUCUCUGUCACUUUGCUCCAGAAAGGAGCAUUCGAGACCAGGUGGCAGUUUUCUAAAUCCUCUGGAAGCAGAGAGGGGCUCUUCAAGAGAGGCCACACCAUUUCCCCCUUUGAUCAAGGCAGCGGGCUUAACUCCCACACACAUUAACUACUCUCUGGACCCACCUGGCUGGCCUCUGCCUCACGGUUUGUGCCAGCCGUGAUGGGCAGGGGUGGAGAGGGCACUUGGCCUGCUACCCCUCCUGCAGGUGCCCAGCUGUGUCCACCAGCUGCUUCAGCGACUGAAGCUGAUUCUGUAGGCUGUAAUGAGACUGCUGUUUAACCAUUUGUAGUACCUCAGAGUCGAACGGAAUCUGUUCCAGAAGUCCGUUCAACUUCCAAAACGUUCAGAAACCAAGGCGCGGCUUCCGAUUGGCUGCAGGAAGUUCCUGCAGCCAAUUGGAAUCCACAUAAGCCCCGUCGGACGUUCGGGUUCCAAAGAACGUUCACAAACUGGAACACUCACUUCCGGGUUUCCUGCGUUCGGGAGCCAAAACGUUCGACUCGCAAGGCGUUCAGGAUCCAAGUUACGACUGUAUUGCUGAGGCCUCUCAAAACGCCCCUGGCCUUUCCUCUGCCAGAUGGUUGAAGCAGUUGUGUGUGGGGUGGCGAUGUGGGCGAUGUGGCUCAGGCGAGGCGGGGGUGGAUCUUAAUUACUGGCAUAGGUACCCUUCAUUAGCAGUUCAGUUUUUGCCUGCCUCUCUGCCAGCUGAUAGGGCUAUAGCAGCAAAACACAACAGGAUUCAGACUUGGGGAUAGUUUGCUCUUUCCUGCCCUUUCAUGUGCACACAUGAUGCCCCCUCCAGGGUUUCAUUUUUAUUUUUAGGGGAAGUGGAUGGAGAGAGAGAGAGAGAGAGAGAGAGAGAUCCACUACACAUUACUGUUAUUAGCACGCUAUGAAUAGUAUAAGCUAUUAAUAGCUGCAUAAAUACCAUUGUUACAUAACUCAGCAAUGUAAAAUUAUUCAUGGUUAUGCAAUCUUGCAUUGUGUGCCGUGUUGGUGAUUAAGAAGCUGACUCCUGGGGGGGGGGUGUUUUGGGCUGGAGCAGAAAGACCCCCUUGGCGAGGGGCUGCCAGGAGGAGAUCUUGCUGGCUCAGGUGGGGCAGCCUGGCAUGAAGGGGAGGGGUCUGGCUUCCCAACAUUGUAGCGUUCCCAAAACAAGGAAGGAUUGGACUCUGAUAAAAUACACACACACAGGCUUUACCAGCAAGACUCUGGGAGGGGUGUGUAUAAUCAUCAUCAUCAUCAUCAUCAUCCCUCUCCACCCCUCGGUCCAGGUCGUUUUAUUCACAAAAGAACUUUUUACACAGUGUUUUUAAGAACCAAUCAGAUUUCCUCUGAGCAUUUAAAAAACAACCAUGUGGGACAACGUCAGAUCAGAAGAAAUCCUGUUAACUACAAAGACUACUCUGAGCAUGCAUACAUAUAUAUCUGAGAGUAAAUAAAACAGGACUAGAGGAAUGCAUUCAGCAAACCCAGAGGUCAUAAACAGGCAGGGAAGGAAGGAAGGAUGGGUAGUAUUUACCAUCUCUUUGUGAACUCUCUUCCUGGCCCUAAACUAACAAUAGCUACAUCAAAGAAGCUCCCUACUAUCUCUAUGACCCAGGAUGCCUGAUGAAGCAACUGGCCUGUGUUUCAGAAUGCUUAUACAUGCCUGUCAGGUGUAGAGAAAGCAAAUGGCAGAGGUGGAGAGGCUUGUGGGAUUCGAUCAGAAACUAUUGUCAAUGAAGCAAACCCAGUCAAUGCAAUGCUUUCAUCACGGACACAAUGGCUUGAUGCAUAUUUUGUAAUUCCUCAUAGUAAUCCCAUCUGAUCACUACAUCCAUCAUUGUAGGAGGUUGGCCUACAUGACCCUUGGGAGUCCCUUCCUCCUUGCCGGGCCACAAUCCUUGUAAUCCUCAGGGGUGCUGCUGCCAGGGUUUGGAAGGAGGCGAGGGCAUUGGCCAGCUUUGCCCAACCUGCUUCCUCCAGGUGUUUUGGACUCCCAGAAGCCUCAGCAUCAUAGAAUCACAGUCAUAGGAUUGGAAGGGACCCCGGGGGGUCAUUCAGUCCAACCCCCUGUAAUGCAGGAAUCUCAGCUAAAGCAUCCAGGACAGAGGGCCAUACAAACUCUACUUAAAACCCUCCAAGGAAGGAGAGUCUGCCACCUUCCAUGGGAGACUGUCCCAUUGUUGAACGGCUCUUCCUGUCAUCCUACAGGGCCCUAAACAGGCUUUCCCUGAAAUAUGGCCCAACCCUGUGCCAUUGAUCUUGAGCUUAUUAUUCUCUUGCUUUGUCUUAUUUUAAGACCGUGUUAUUUAUUUAUUUAUUUAUUUAUUUGUGGGGUGUGCAAGCAGGGCCAGAUGUAGGUAAUGGGGCCCUUUCUAUGUCCAGCUGUCCUUUGUCAACAACAAAUUGUUGCUGUUUUUUGUGUUGAAUAUAUGCUAUACGGUAAAUUAUGGACCUAAUAGGUAUCUAAAGCCAUUUGCGCAUGUUGCCCUGCAACCAGUCCAUGCAGAAUGUCGGCACCCUAUAUAUAGAAAGGAGCAAAGCAGUGAUAUUUAGGGAGCAGGCUAGCAGGCGGGGCCCGAGACUUACAUCACAAGAGCCUACACAAAACAAAACACUGUUGCUGUAUGUAGGUUUUAUUUGAUUUGGGUUUUAUCUUUUUUAUUUUGGAAAUGCACAUCCAGUUUUUUUCCUUUAAAUUUUUUCGGGGCCCCUAAGAGAAUGGGGGCCCCUAAGCUGUAGCUUGUUUAGCUUAUAUGUAAAUCCGGCACUGUGUGCAACUGUAUAAAUGAACAAACAAAUCUGGAGAGCCCUAGCUUGAGAAAGGCUGGCACAGAGCCUCGGAACUGCCCCUCAUGGGCUUCUGAGGCAGAUCUUGCUGAAGAUGAGCAGCCAGGGACUUGCCACAGCCCCAGGCAGGAAAAGCCACCCCCCAGCCCCCUGCAGCCUCUUAGCUGAAGCUCAAGACCACCCGUGUGCAGGAUGAAUCCCUUCCCAGCUACCCCUCCCUCUCCUUCCCUUGUCCUGUAAGCAGAGGUGGCGGCUGGACUGUGGACCUUCUGCAUGCAAAACAGGGGAGCCAGCCAUUUCUCAGGUGGGGCAGCACUGGCAGAGGCCCUGUGGGCAGGCAGAGGGGGCAGGACAGGCCCGGCUGCCCCUUCCUGGGAGAAAGGUCUCUGCUUGGAAAAAGGGCCUGUGCAGCUCUGGCGCAGAGCAGUUGCCCUGCAUGCAGAAGCCCCCCGGCUCAGUCCCCAACGGCAUCUCCAGGUCGGGCUGCCUGGAAGCCUGGGGUGCCCCCGCUGCCCACCAGUGUAGGCCGGGCAGAGCCAGAGGGAGCCCAGGGGCCUGACUCUGCUUCCAAGGCCAGCUGCCUCUCUUCCUGCCUGAAGGGGGCCUCCCAGGAGCAGCCAUCUGGGGGGCUGUGGGAGAGGGCAGGAGAGAGAGGAGCCUUGCUGGGGAUGUGGCGAUGCCCACCCUGCCUCUGUCUGCCUGUCCAACCUUUCCUCUUCUCUUCAAGGUGAGAAAUGCCGGAGUUUCAUUGACCUUGCUCCAGCUUCCGAGAAAGGUAAGAGAUGCGCAUCAGCCGGGGUCACCUUUGCGCAGGUGACAUUGGCAGCGCCUGGAGAGGGAGGGAGGGAGGGAGGGAGUGUGCCUGUCUGCCUCUGUCUCUUAUCCCCCCCCCCCCCGUGUUUUGAUGGUGAGAUCAGCACCGCUGAACCGAGAAAUCCUGUCCUUUUGCAGAGGAGAGCCAAGGCCGUUGUCCUGCCUCGGUUUCCCUGUAAGCAACAGGCGUAUCCUUGCUUCCUUCGCUGGGAGGGAGCCUGUUCAUAACUGGGGGGCAGAACGGCUGCUCCCUGGCGACUCUUUUGCCCCUGUUGUGCCUGUGCUGGAAGUGGCAAGGUCAGAGCAACGCAAGAGCCCUGCUUUGCAGACCUCUAAAAGCCACAAGGGUUGACCUGUCGACUCAGGGUCCCGUGCUGGGGGGGUCUUGCCCCACCUGGGCUUUGCCCUGGUAGCUCCUUCUGCUUUGGGGCCCCCUUCCUUCCUCUCGGAUCCUGCAGGGAUGCCACCUGGCUGCCACUCCGCCUGCCAGGCCCCACGUUUGGUGCCUUUUGCCUUCCUCCAGAGCUGCCAAAGGGGCCGGGGGCUUCCUAGCCCACCUCCUUCAUGGCAAAGAGCCUACUUGAUUGGCCCUCUCCAUUGCCUUUCCAGAUCUCCCCAGAGAUUGGGGGUGGCACAGGGCAGCUGCUGGCACUGGGUAAACAUCGAGGGGACCAGGAGGUUUGGGGCUGGCCUGAGUCCCUGAAGGGCUGCUGCUGCCUUUUCUCCUGUGAGCCUGUCUUUGUGCCCCCCCAGCCUCUUUGUACCCCCCCCAGGUUUAGAUGGGUGACUGCAGGUGGUAACACCCCCCUCCCCCGCUUGUGGGGUUUUCUCCCCUGGCAAAGGUGCGCAGCGCAUCCUUACAGCCGACUUCCAGUUGGCAUUGCUCAAGCCUCAGCACCUGUCGUGGAGACCACCGGCCGCACGUUGCUUCCCUCCUUCCCUUUCCACUGCCAUUGGGCUGAAUUUUGGAUUGUAAGCUUCCCGGGGCUGAGACCUUGUCCUCGUUUCAGCAUCACCAACACUGAUGGUGCUCUCUAAAUAAAAAUGGUGGUUUUAGGCGCUUGGUGAAAUCUGCCCUCUCCGCUCGUGCUGUGGUUUUUAAUCGUGCUGCUUUCUUUGUAUUUAUUUUUUGGAUGCUGAUUUUAGAGGGUAUUUCUUUUGUUGCUUUUUUCUUUUUUUGGUAAGUCCGCAUGAGGACCAUUCAGGGGGAAGGCAGAACAUAAAUUUCCUAAACAAAUAAUGUUUCGCACGUUCUGUUCUCUUCCUUUCCCGAGGCAGGCAGUGAACUCUGAGGACUAGUGGGCUUGUCAUGGCCAGGGAGGGAGGGAGGGAGGGAGGGCUGGGGCCAAAUGAAGGAAUAUGAUUGCUACUAGCCGCCAGUGGGCUAUGAAAUGAACCCCCACCCCAUCCUGGUGGCCCCUUCCCAGAAAACGCUUGCUUCUCUUUGCCUCGAAAGGGCAGAUCCAUGGUUCUGGGAGCAGGGCUGUUUUCCAACUGAGCUUGGAAUCAACCCAGCAGCAGCUCAGCUGGAAACUCCCUUGCUCAGCUUAGGAUCAUAGAAUUGUCAAGUUGGAAGGGACCCCCCGAAGGUCAUCUAGCCCAACCCCUUGCAGCGUGGGAGUCGCAGCUCAAGCUUGCCCUGCCCCAGCCUCUCUGAUCUGAGAGAGCUCCCUCCCGGUGCUGACGGUGUCCCUUGUGCGCUUGCAGGAGUCUUGUGGCUGUCGGUGGUGUCAGAAGUGCUGUACAUCGCUUUGCUGGUCAUCGGCUUCAGCCUCAUGUGCCUUGAGCUCAUCCACUCCAACAACGUGAUUGACGGGCUCAAACUCAACGCUUUCGCCGCUGUCUUCACGGUGCUCUCAGGUAGGUCCCUGCGCAAGCCCAGGAAAUAUUCCGGGAAGUAGCUGCACUCCUUGCAAGGUGAAAACAGCUACUUGGUCGUGGAAGAAAUAAAGAAAAUACUAAGAAUAUCAUUUGGCAAAAGGCCAGAGGCAUUCCUUUUAGGAAUUUUAAAUGAUGAUAUUCCAAAAGACAAAACUAAAUUUUUCUUAUAUGCGACAUCUGCAGCAAGAAUCCCGGUGGCUAAGUAUUGGAAAGGGAAUCAGUUACCCACUAGGGGAGAGUGGUUAUGCAAGCUCUCAGAAUACUUAGAAUUAGCCAAAUUGACAGACAUAAUAAGUGAAGUAAAAAAAGAAUGGGAGUGCCUAAAUCAAUACCUUAAAAGUCAAGGCUGGAGGACAGUAAUCUGGCCGAGUCUGGAAUAACCUUGUGAAGUGAAAGGAUAAGAAAGAGGGAUUUAUAUUUAGAUGUUAGGAUAGAGAUGAUAAGGAAAACAGGAAGACACAAUGAGAGAUAAAGGAGGUGCUGUGGGAUUGGUGGAAGUCAAUGUUUGUUUUUCUUUUUAGUGUUUAUAUUAUUAACUUGUAAGAUAUGGAUUUUUGUUUUGUUUUUUGAAUGUUGGUUUUUGUGUUUUGUUAUUUUUCGAUAUCUUUUGUGUUGUUGUUAUGUGGAAAAUACUAAUAAAAUUGACACACAAGGACAAAAAAAUUAAAUUAAAUUAAAAAAGAGAAAAGAAAACAGCUACUUGGUUGAGCUGGAAUGGUUUGUUUUUGAGGCUGGGGUCAUCAGUGAAGACCAUUUCUUUCCUCUCCCAGAUAUGAGGCUGUCUUGCUCUGAGCUGGACCCACCUUGGUCUACUGCAGAGGGCACUUUCACUGCCUGGCCACAUGGGGCGUUGAACCCAGAACUUCUCGCUCACAAAUAAUAAUGAUGAUAAUAAUUUAUUAUUUGUACCCUGCCCAUCUGACUGAGUUGCCCCAGCCACUCUGGGCAGCUCCCAACAUAUAUAAAAGCAUAAAACCUUAAGCCUUACAAACUUCCCUAAACAGGGCUGCCUUCAGAUGUCUUCUAAAAACCAGAUAGUUGCUUGUCUCCUUGACAUCCGAUGGGAGGGAAUUCCACAGGGUGGAGGCCGCUACCAAGAAGGCCCUCUGCCUGGUUCCCUGUACUGCUGAGCUACAGCCCCCCCUCCAAGCGACAGGACACCUGCUUGGCCUGCAGAAGGUCCCAGGGCUGGUCCCUGGCAGCAUCUCCAGCUGCAGAGGGAGGUGGGUCUCCGGUGAUGGGGAGCUUGCCCCACAGUUGCUGGGCUCGAUGGUGUCCUGGCUCCAAGACAGCCUCAGGGUCUCCCCUGUCCCAGCGAUGGGUCUGUGUUGUGGGAAUGUUCAGGGAUGCAGGAGAGGAUAUAAUGUUUGAUUACAGCCUUUCCAACUUGUGUUAACAAGUUCACAAUUUAGCAGAGCAACAUUCCCCUUUUCAAACUCACAGCGGAUGCGUUUGCUCAGGCUCGCUAAAGCAUCUAUAAUAACUUUUCUGGUAUUUCCCCCUUAUUAAAUUUUCCACAUAAAAGAUAAGACACGACACAGUCUUCUAUAAAAGUACAGUGGUGCCCCGCAAGACGAAUGCCUCGCAAGACGAAAAACUCGCUAGACGAAAGAGUUUUCCGUUUUUUGAGUUGUUCCGCAAGACGAAACGUCUUGCGAGUUCUUGCGAGUUUGUUUCCUUUUUCUUAAAGCCGCUAAGCCGCUAAUAGCCGCUAAGCCGCUAAGCCGCUAAUAGCCGUGCUUCGCAAGACGAAAAAACCGCAAGACGAAGAGACUCGCGGAAUGGAUUAAUUUCGUCUUGCGAGGCACCACUGUAUAGAGUUUACUCACAUUCUGUUCACAAUUGGAUCCCAGAAGGCAGACUUAGCUUAGAAAAGUAACAUACACCUGGAAACUAUCUCAUAAGGAGACAGUCGCUUUGUCCUCUCUUGGUUGGAAGCCAAGAGAGCAUCUUUGGCUAAGCAGAAGUUGCUUCUUCGAUGCAUGUAGUCAAAAAGAGAGAGAGAUGGCUGCCCUGUCCUGUGCUUUUGUCGUUACCUGCACAGGUGAGGCCACGCCCACCCCUAGUCACAUGCAGAGGAAGUCUGUCCCAGCCCAGAAGGAAACAGGAAGUUGACCUGCUGGCUGGACAGACAUUCCUCCCCAUGUGUAAACAUGUUCACUCUAGGAAUGUUGCACUUGACUGCUCUUGUGUUUCGCAUCCCACAUGUGUCUCCUCGCAGGGCUCUUGGGAAUGGUGGCUCACAUGAUGUACACCCAGGUGUUCCAGGUGACGGUCAGCCUCGGCCCGGAAGACUGGAGGCCGCACUCGUGGGACUACGGCUGGUCCUUCUGGUGAGACUGAGCGGCUGAAGGCUCUGCGUGGCUUGUGGGGGGACCCUCAUGGAGGGCCCUCUUGGAAACAGAGGACUCUGCUGGCCCAGCGAUGGGUUAUCAGGAGAGCAAAGCAUAGGAGGCUUCUGCAGGCAGAAACCUUUCUUCCCCCCAUCCCAACUCCAUUAUUCAGUGAUGGCCAAGGAUCAGGCUGCCUUGUCUGGGCUCCUAUUAGUCUCCUGGAGUCCCACAGGCCUCCUGGCACCUCUGGAAUUGCAGGGGAGGGGUCCGUGGGCAUCCCUUCCUCUUUUGCAUCCCCCAGGGUGGAAGGGCAGGGCAAGCGUGAAGAAGAGAGGCUGCUUCUGGCACAGAACAAGGCGUGAGGUGCCUCUCCUGAGCCAAGAGUCUGGGUCUAAGGAAGGAGCUCAUCCUGGACAUCCGCUGCCGGGAGGGGGAAAUGUGCCUGGGAGGUGCUUUGUUGCCCCUCGCCUUGAGCUGGGGGGGGCUGUGCCCCCAAAGGUCAUUUAACUAAGAUUUUACUUUCCUGUUUUAAUAUUCUUUCCUUGAUGUCCUAUGGCUGUUUUAACUGUAUUUAUUAUUAUAUACAUAUGCAAAUAUCUUCUUCCAUUCCCAUUAGUUAUAUAUACUAUAUUCAUUCUUACAUACAUUGCAUUUUGCUUUUCAAAAUACUAUACCAGUCACCCAAAAAACAUUUCCCACCAUAAAUUUCUUUUUCUCCAGGUUGACUUCACACACACACCCCCCGCACCUCCUUACGGCUUCUUCAUGCUUCCUUUUCUCCAUACUGUGUUGUUUUCCACUUUAUUUAUUGUUGUUAAAAAGAAUAGUUCUUCCCUGACUAAUUUCUCCCUCUUUGUUAAGUUUAUUUUCAGCACCUCUUAAUUCCACCCCUCCCCCUUGGACACCGUUGCUUGAAUAGAUAUAUUUCAAAACAAUCCCCUUCCUUUUUAUACCUUUGACUCGAUUGACCCCUUAUUAUAUUUGUUUGAUUGCUAUGAGCCACCUUGAGCACUGUUUGGUGGAAAGGUGAAAUGCAAAUUAAAUAUAUCAGUCAAUCAAUCAAUCUUUAUUACGGUCCAGAGACCCAACAAAUCGUUACAAUGCAAUGCACAAUUCAGACAGCCUACCUCCAGGUUAAACAAGCAUUUUGUUCAGACUUACAAGACAGAGAUCAGUGGUUCUUGCAGCCACCGAUAAAAACUUCGCCGCUGCUAAUGUUCUAGUGUUUGUCCGGUCUUCCAGUAGGAACCUGACAUAAAUAUAUAAAUAUGAAUGAGUGAAUGUCCAGGAUGGGCAUGAGUGAAUGUUCAGGGUGCUGCCUUGGGACCCAGUGCCAGAGAGAGGCAUUGCUGGGGGUGGGGGUCCUGGUCCUGGGUCUGCCCCCCAGCCCCCUUUCUCCCUUCUCCCCUCUCUCUCUGCAGCCUGGCCUGGGGCUCCUUCACCUGUUGCAUGGCUGCCUCCGUCACCACCUUGAACUCCUACACCAAGACGGUCAUUGAGUUCCGCCACAAGCGCAAAGUCUUUGAGCAGGGCUUCCCCGAAGAGGCUGCCUACGCGGACCACGAGCCCAUCACCUACUUCCACGGAAGGUCAGUGGGGCUGGCCUGGGAGGGCAGGGGGCUGUGGGGCAGGGAGAAGGAGUCCGGCCAGCAUCACGCCUGCUCCUCCUUGGGGAGGCAGGGUGGGCAUGCAGAGGAAAAGGAUCCCUCUGGGUGGGUGGUGCCCCAACCAGGGGGCUCCUCCUUUCCUCUGAGCAAGGCGCAGCUUCCUUUUGAUGGGAGAGGAAAUUCCAAUAAUAAUAAUAAUAAUAAUAAUAAUAAUAAUAAUAAUUUAUUUAUACCCCACCCUCCCUGUCCAAAACUGGGCUCAGAGCAGCUAACAUCAAAUGUAUAACACAUCAACAUAAAAUCUGGCAAUCAAUUAAAAUACAUCCUAAAAUGAGAUCAGGAUCAGGAUCAAAUCCAGUCAGAUGGCAACCUGCAGAUUAGGGCGCUCUCUGUCUCUUUCUUGACUCCUCAAGAGGCUUGACUCUUGCUCACCUUCACCCACAAGGACGUUGCCAUUGGAUGGCCAGCACGGCGGGGGGGUCCAAAUCUUUACCUGGGCCCCCCAAUAAUUUCUGGGUUUGUAAUCUAGCUGGAGAAGAUGAUCUGGGUUACUGAAAGUGACAUUUGGUGGAAUGAAUGAAUUUGGCUAAGUGAAGCUCGUCUGAAGGUAAUGACUGGCUGGAGCGGAAUGGGUUUGGUGCAAGAUCUGUUGGGAACAAACUUAGCUCUGUGACGCUGUGAUUUGAAGCUCGCAAAGGGAGGUGGGGAGAGAAGAGGGGCCACUGUGGUGACUCUGCUGCUCGCCUUGGGAAGGAGAUCUUUCCAGGCCCGGCUUGUGUUGGCUUAGGAGGCAGCAGGUGGGUGGGGAGGCAGCAGCCAACAAAACCAUCCCUGAUGCACCAAGUCGGAGUGAUCAUGAACCUCCUGAAGGUGCCCUGGGGCUCCCCCCCCCUUUUGGCUGGGGCAGGGAGCAGUCAAGAGGCAGCUUCUGUGCCUGGAAGAAGGUGGGCAAAACGUUGCCUGGGGUUCCUCUGGCUGGGAGAGCCUUGGGGUCGUGGCAGAUUCCAGCUUCUCAAAAUCUCUCUUGCAAAGAUAUGAGCAGAAUAUUUCCCCCACUGACCUACACCCCAGCCAGGAAGCAACGACAGGAAGGGAAGAGUCCUGUAUUUUAAUGUUUGCUGUCCGAAAGCCAUGCAGUUCUGUUUUUCCCCCGUUUAAGUGACAGCAAUGCUGAUGUUGGGAAGAGAGAACCUUUCCUUCUCCCGCCUUGUUCUGGGCAUGUUGAUGGCCAAGCGCAGGGGCUUUGCAACAGUGACAGCUGGUUGCACAAUGGGAUAUUUCCCUGCUUCCCCCUCCCUUUCUUGCUGGUAACUCAAGGGCUUGGCCUGCCUUGUGAGGAUGGAUGGCGCUUGCAAACAGAUAUAGGAAAUGAGGGGUGGUUGGCUUUUGCUGCCCAGCUCCCCAAGGGACUGAGAUGAGAUGAAUGGAUGGAGUUAGGAUGCAGUGAAAGCAAGGCAGGUCUUUAUUCUUCUGUUGCAAUGGAGUUCCCUCCCUCCUUGCAAGGAGGCAAGAGAGACCCAGAACAAUGGUGCUCAAGCCUCUAGAAAGACUUUUGAAAUUGCCCACCCUGUAGCCCAAGACCACCCUCCAAACAUCAUACAUACAUCACAGAAGGAGACUGUCUCCAGUAGAAAUUUAAGAGUGUUGCUUCUCUCCAGUCUGCCAGGAUACCUGAUAAUGAUUGCAUGUUCUGGGUAGCCUGGCCAUUCCUUGGAGAUGGUCAGUACUUUAGUUCCUGAAUCUCUUGCACAUAUAGUUUGCUCAGCUUAGCAGAUACUUGCCAGGCUGUAUUUACAGGAAGGUGUAAGCAGCCCCUACAGUCCAAAGACCAUUGGAAAGCUUUCCCCAUUUUCUUCCUCCUUGCAGAGAAAUAUCUGCGGUCAAUUUGGGAGAGUCAAAAUGGCUUCAGGAUUGUUCUCCUGUACUAUUUCAGACACGUGGAGUAUAUACUUCUGUAUGUGCAUUUGCCUUGUACGUUUAUGAGCAUUUAUUCUCUAUUGGAGACCUUAGAAUUCUUAUAACAAAACGGAGGUGAUGAAGGGAACCAUGGCAAGUGUUGAAAGAGGCCUUUCCUGCUCCUUGCCUUUCCUGUGGCUCUUCCUGGUUGACCAGCCUGGGCUGGUGGGGUGCAGAGGAUCGGGGCUUGUCCCUGGGAACGAAGCCGGGAAGGAAUUGCAGGGGAGCACCACCAAUUCUGGUGACGUUUCCCUGCAAAAGUCCUUCUUGGACUCUUCCUCUUGCUGCAGUGUCCUACAAGCAGCCUGCUGGACCUCACUAGGCAGAGUGUGGUCCGAGUUCUUACAAAAGCAGAGCAAAGGGUUGUGUGUCCCCUGUAGCAGGGUCAAUUCCGCAUUGGGGGGUGGGAUAUGGGUAAGGUGAUCUCAUCUGAUCUUCUGGGAUCCUGCAGCCGUGGGCAGGGCAGGGCUGUGGGGGUUCAGUUCUGGAAUGGCUGCACACCCCGGGCCACACUCUUUUGAAGGCAGAGAGGUAGAAACAGUGCCCCCUUUUCCUGACCCCCCCAGCCUUUGCUUUGCGUGUGAGGAAGGAGGAAGAGGCAUGUGGCUGUAGCUCUGCAACCCUGGAGAGGCGCUGCUGCCAGUCAGUGUGGGCACUGCUGGGCCAGAUGGACCCAAGGGCCUGACUGUGUCGCUGUGUUUCCUGCGGCUUUGGCUGUGGAGGCGACUGGGCUCCUCCCGGGCCCCAAUCCGGCGGGGGAGUCGGCUCCUGCUCAAGGCGCGACUUGUAUGUUCUCUUUUCCAGGCUGGAGGAGGAAAGAGGUGAGACGGGGGACGUGAGGCUAGCAUGCCUCCAUGGCUACUCCUCCAAUAGUAAGUGCCGCCUGUCUCUGACUCGCUGUCUGUCUUGCAUGGCGGCUCUCCGGGGCAGCAGGCCUGGCGCAGGGGGGGCAGGAUGUGGGGUGGCACAGACUGCCAAGGGCCUCAGUAUCCGAGGCCACACAACCCCCUUCCUCUUGGCUCUUUUGGAGGGGUGCCCCCACCCCCAAUUCCUGACUUCACCCUGUCUCUCUGGGCAUUGAAGCCUCGCCUUGCUUCAAGGGGCAAGCAAAGUGGCCCAAACCUCAGUGUUGUGUGUGUGGUGGGGAAACCAUCUGUGCUUGUCUUCAUGUCACUGAAAGCCAAAGUGGGGGGGGGGCUGCGUUUCAAUAGCUGCAUCUGUCUUGUCCUGCUGCAUUUGUCGUUCGGGCUCCACCUGCUUAGCUUGCAUGGGGAACAAGGACUUGCCCAGCAUGGCGCUCUCACGCAGCUGAGGUUUAGCAAAGUGCGCCUUAAUUUGCAAAGGAUCUCAUGGCUCAGGUUUUGCAAAGCUUCUUUGGCUCAGAACGCCAAUAACUCGCCUUGCGAAUGGAGAGCAAUUUUGGAUGGUGGAAGGUGCUUCUCAUGGCCGAAAGGGUUGCACCGGUGGCCACUCCUGUUUUUUGACCAGGUGACUCUCCUCAUGCCAUUGACACCCCUCCCUGCACCCCUUUGCCCUUGCAUUAAUCCUGUAAGGGGCCUGAGAGAGAUGACUGGAGGGCUUCCAACCAGGCCUGCCCCUCUCGCCUCCCCAAUUGGACUCCUACCAGUAGCAAAAUGGGCUGGGCUCAUUUCUGAACCAGUGGCAGAGGUGCCUGAAUGCUUGAUGCUUCUGUGUUGACUUCGUGGGCUGUGGAAAUCCCGUUUGGCCCGCCGCCGUGUGUCUUGCAGGGUGAUUUAGUAAAGGAGUGCGAGUUGUGCUUCAGAGUAACGUUUUGUGGAUGUCAGAAGAGCCCCUUGGGCCGAAGGGCUGUCUAAAUCCGGAACUCUCCCUGGUGCCUCUUCCGUUCCCCGAGGGCGCCUGGCACUCAGAGGUUUCCUGCUUCUGGCGGAACCUCACGGCUGGGCCAAGAGGCAGGUGCCAGCUAUGCCCGGCCAUGGAAGCCGCCUGAGCCAGGGCCCAGCGCUGGGGGAGCCAAUGCCGCCCCUGCCCUUUCCUCUGCUGCCCUCCAGUGCCACGGGGAGAUGAUCAGCCCAGGCCUGGUGUGACCAGGCACACGCCCUCCACCCAAAAUGCUGGCACCUCCACGUGGACGGGGUGGGCAUCUUCUUCUCUGUACCAUUUGAGUUCUGCUUUGUCUGUUUCACUGAUCUCCAAGGACCAGGUGGUGUCCCUGUGGGCAAAGACAGAGAAGGGGGCUGCCAGUUCUUAUUUACUGAUUGCUUAUUAUUUACACCACACUUUCCAGAGUUACUUUCCAGUUUUCCAGUCACUUACCUUUUCUGAUCUUUUGGGGAUGUGGGGUUCUUGCACAACAACUCCCAAUCAGCUUCCGUUGCCCAAACUGAAUUUAUCAGUAUGUAGCUGACCCCCCCAAAAAACCCCACACCCAGAGACCCGAAGUUCUUCACCUGAGUGACCAUGUUGGAUGGCCAUCGCUCAGGGAUUCCCUAGCUGACUAGAUGAUCCUUGGAGGUCCCUUCCAACUGGACAAUUCCGUGGUUCUGUGAUGGGCUGUGUUGCCCCUCUGACUUGGCACUUUGAUUCUGUGGCUGAGCUGUGUGUUGGGGGGGGGGGACUGUGCAUGCCUGACUCACGUGGAAUCAAGCUGCCUUCCUAUAACCUUCCCGGACAAAAGGGAUCCAGCCAGGGCGGUCCUUUCUGCCACAUUUACCAUGUCUGUGUGACAGGGACUUGUUCCUUGUUCCUUUAAAGCACCUUUAUCUCGCUUUCCCAGAGCGGCUUACAAAGGCCAGUGUUAAGGCACUCCCUGCGUUUGAGCUCACAGUCUAAAAGACACAACAGUAGAGGAAAAGGGAUUGGGAGGGAGGAGGGGGAAAGGAAACCUGCGGCUGCUUCUUGGCAACAGAGCUUUUGUAAAGGACCAGCUGGAACGGAGAGAUUUCAAGGAGAAGAGCAGAAUGUUGCUGGUUUUCCAGGAGUCCCCCCCCUCUCCUGCUGCAUCUGGGCUUUGCCUCGGCCAGGGCUGUAGCCCAGGGGGGGCAGCAGCUGCUGUACACCCAGGAAGUCUCAUUACGCCUGGGGCAGAGCCCUGCCUGAAACCCUGGAUCACUGUCAGUGUGGACCACAAUGAGUAGGUUGCCCAGGCACAGGCAGCUUCCUCUGGGCAAUUGAGGCCGUUUGCUGCAGCCCUGCCAUCCUUUCCCCCCAGUGUAGACUGGAUCCUCCUUUUCUACCUCUGCUUGUGCAUGGACGCUUUGAUAGCCGCAGUGCUUCUCUGAGUCGCCUUGGGGGCAUAUGAUGGGAGGAGGCGCACGUCCGGCUUGAAGGAAUCUCUGGCUGCAAGGGAGGCUGGCUGUGUUUUGGGCAGAAGGGCACACCUGCCCUGCUGUUGGCAAGAGAGGGCCAAGCAAAGUCUUCUGCUGAAGGCGCAACUGGAAGAGGGGCUGGCUUCCUGCAGAGUCUGCCCAGGCCAGCUGGGCUCCCUGCUCCCCGAAGGAGCCCCUAAGCAGAACUUGCACGUGGGACAGCCAGCAGCCCUUGGCUGAGUCACAGCAGGUGGGAUGGGCAGUGCCAUCCUGCCAGCUUGAGCCCUUUGCCCAAUGGUCAUGGAGGAAGCAGACAGCAGGAGCCCUUCCCCCCCAGCCUGUGGGCACCCAGUCUGUCGUGGUUGGCCUGCUUACUGUGGCCAGGAUCCCAGGUGGAAUUUCUGCCUCCCACUACAAGCACCCUCUGGUGCCCUUCCAGUUUUGGGGAUUCAGCCCCUGGCAGGUUCAGGAGGGAACUGCUGUGCAAAAGACCCCCACAGACCCCUUUUUUUGGUGAGAAGGAGAAAAGGCAUGCAAGCCCUUUGCCUCCACCUGCCCUCAAAAUUCUUAUUGCAAACUCCCCCCCCCCCAAUUUGUCUUUGAGUGGGGAGAGCUGCAUGCAUUUGGAGCAGCUGCGGCCUUUGCUUACGGGACCUGAAAUGUGCCGGCCAGGAGGAGAGUGAAAACUCUCGGUCUCUUGCAGGGCUGCACAACACUCAGCUGUGAAGCCGCAGCGAAACGCCAGGAGCCACGAUGGGCAGAGGAGCGCCUCGCGGGCCCCGUCCAGCUCUCCCACCAGCACCACCAAUUCUUCCCCGCUUUCGUCGGAGCCCAGCAGCCGCCUCGCCUCCCCUGAAGCCAGGCAUCUGGAUGCGGCCCCAGCCGCCGCUCGAGGGACUGCUGAGCACGGCCGCCUGAAUCCAAGUGCGCAGGCGGGGGUGUCGGCAGCAGGACCUGGGCCCCUGGCCCCUCGCCAACCCUCAAGGCUGGCAUCCCACCCAGCCCCCCCGAGGCCCAACCUGGUGCCAGAGAACAUGAUGCGCAGAGCCCUGCUGCCUCGCCAUGGCAAUCCUCCUGAGAGCCGAGAGUUCCUGGCCGCGGCAUCAGGAAACCAGCUGGCAAGGCAGAUGCGUGCCCAGCCUCUUGGGCAUGUGAAGCUGGCAGAAGAGGACGUGAGAGCAGCUCAGGAAGAGGACUUGAAGAGGUUUGUGGGUUGCGCGAGGGGCCUGCUGCCAAAAGGCGGCCUCAUUCUGCACUGGGGAUUGCGAGAGCCUCUCUGCUCAGCUCUGUAGGAAUGAGUCCCAUGGUAGCGUCAAGGAGGGAGCUGUUCCGCCUCAUUCAUCCAGGAAGCGGCCAAGGUGCCCUCUUGGGGCUCUUGCUGGGUGCUUUGCGGGUGUUGCGGGUGCCAACACCUGCCUCUUCCUACUGAGCUGCAGUGUCAGAGUUCAGCCAUGGCAACGGCAAGAGGCUCUCUAUAUGGUCCCAGGCAGCGCUUUAGAAAAAUGCGGCAAGGGGAAGUGUUGUGCGUCUGUGACACUGUUGUCCUGCAGACCUAAAAGAGAGUUGAAUGGGGUGCCCCCUCCCCUGGGAUGUGUGGCACAUGAAAUGCCCGUGGUGUGCAAGGAAUGUUUUCUUGCCGUGCGCACUGGCACAAAGGCACUUCCCAUCCCUCUCCCAGCAGGUGUCUAGACUGGAGAGCAGGUGGCAUGAAAGGGGCGCAAGCAGUGCUGGCAGAGGGAGGGGCUGCUCAGCGCAUGAUGCCCACCCUUCCCUUUCUCUCUUCCCAGCAGAGGCCUGGUGACCCGUCAGGAGCUGCUGGCGGUGGAGCAAGAGCUGCAGGAGGUCCGGGAAGAGCUGAAGUGCCUCCGCUGGAAGGUCCGGCACAUCGGGGAGACGGUGCAGCCGCUGGCCGAGGAGAGCAAGCGCUACAAUGGCUACACCCUGACGGAGCUGAAGGCCCUGGUCCAGUCCGAGAAGGACCCCUGCAAAGCCGCCCACAAGAUCCUGGCGCUGCUCUUCAGCGACGUCUACCUGCUGCAGCAUUUGGCGGCAGCCGACCAGGCCUGCAACUCCAGGACCCUCCCCAGACCCCAAAUGGACCCGGAGCUCUACACGGUCUACUGCGACAUCCUGCAGAGCAUCUUCCCUGGGCUGAGCAGCCAGGCCCUGCGGGAGAGGACGCAGCUGGGCGUGUAGGAAGGCCCAAGCCCCUGGGGACAGAGGGCCAGCAGGCCGGGGGGUGACUCUGGCCCCAUCCUCGGCCCUUUCCCACCGCUAGAGGCCUGGGGAGAAGCAGGUGGACCUGGCUUGGGACAACCCUGAGUCUGCAGAACACAGCACAUAUUCAUUCAUAGCUUUUUUAAAAAAGAAGACGACAGAUAUGUAUUAAAUAUUGCUGGUUUUGUUUUUUAAAAAGUUGCCUCCUGCUUUCUGUGCCGCUGAUAUUUAGUCAAGGUUUUUGUGUUGCAGUCUCAGGGAUUCCAUCCUCGGACGCUGCAGUCUGUGCAGCUGCUUCAAGGCGAUGGUGUGUCCUGCUGUGGGGGAAGCUUUGGCAGAUGCUGACCCCUUCUUUGGGGCAAGGCUCUCCUGUGGGGGGCCGUAAGAGGGGGCCACGGCCUUGGCCAGCCAUGCAUCUGGCCCCCUUCUCUCUCUCUGGUCUUCCCUGCCAUAGCUGGCUGUCGGCACUUACAGAUCACUGCCUGCGCCGCAAACUCGGCCUCCAA